CUAAAACUAAACCGUGUCACUUGUUUCCAACAUGCAAAUGAACAGGAAGACUUUACUUUUGAGUUUGAGAGUGGAAACCGUUGCAUCUCAUCCUGUUCAAGACAUUUACUACAACAGAUCUUGCAGGUGCUCGACAGGAAAUCUGAUGUGUUUCGAGCUGACAGCUAUGAAACUCAUUUUGCAGUGGUAUUUUUUCUUCAGUUUUGGUUUUGUCAUUGAUUGCCAAGAGAAUCGUUAUGGAUUGAAAGGAAGCUCAAUCCAACUGAGUAUCAGUCCCAGAAAUCAGUCACAUCAGCAAGGUAAUGUUAAAUGGCGACGAUUCAAUAGGAGAGACUAUCUCGGAGACAAAGAUGGAGUUCCCCCUAGAUUUAAGAAAAGAAUGAGCUUAAACAACUCCGACUGGUCUUUGACCAUACAAGACCUGCAGGAAGAUGACGGUGGACUAUAUGAGGCCCUUUCAAAACAUGAGGAUGUAAUUUUGGCUGCAUUCACACUUAUAGUGGAGAACACUGUCUCUAAGCCUAUAAUCAAAGUGAAUCAAUAUGAUUUUAAUUCAUCUGCUGCAUGUCGGGCCACAGUGAACUGUUCGGCUGAUGGGAGCUGGGCCACAUAUGACUGUGACCAAAAUUUCUGUGCGGCAGCACAAGCCUCUCAAUCCUCCCAAUCCUCCCAAUCCUCCAUUAACAUCACUGUCACUGCAGUGGACAGCAGCGGCAUCAAAUGUAAUGCGAAAAACCACGUGAGCAAGAAUCACUCUACAGCUCCUAACAUUAGGUGCCUUCAAAAGCAGCAAGAUGAUUUUCACUCUUCACCACCACUCAUCGUUUGGAUCAUUGUCACCGUUAUUGGUGGUGUUUUUUUGGGUUUGGUUAUGGGUGUGAUUGUAGUAUUUGUCAAGAGAAGAAAAUGUUCCAAAGUUCAUCCACAGUCCAGUCGUGUUGUGAUUGAACAGCAUCAUGAAACAAUUUACUGCACAGUUGAAAAGCCGGCUGCGUCCCAGACAUCUCCAGUAAACAACGCUGCCAGUAACAAAGUAGAAACCAUCUACGACACUCCAUCACGACAUACCAAGGCUUGUCAAGUAGACAGUGUGGAGGUGAUGAGAGACAAACAGGAGCAACAGCAUUCUGGACAAGACAGCACUAUUCAAGUGAAAGCUACAGUUCACCAGGCAGCAGAACCCGAUUCAGAUCCAAUAAACACAGUUUACUGCAAACUGGGAGAGAUAUGACAUGGACACAUACUGUACAUAUCUGAGAUGUCACUUCAGUGGAGAUUUAAACCACAGAAGGUCUUUGUGAGAAAUAAUUUUUUUUUACUUUAAUGUAAAUUCUGUGUGUUUUCACUAGUGAAGAUGGGUUUAAGCAUCAUUGAUGAUACAAUACUGUAUGCUGCCUGCUAUUUUGUGAAACAGUAUAUGCAAUACAUUCUUAAAAAUAAAUGUUCAAAAAGAGUUUUUGUAUAGUGAUGCAAUGGAAGGACCAUAUUUUGUUUCCCUAAAGAACCUUUAAAAAAAAAAAAAAAAAAAAAAGAUAUUGUGAAGAAUAUUUUAAGAACCUUUCAGGAAUGAUGGCAAUAAAGAACCUUUAUUUUUAAGAGUGUAUGCAAUGAUUUACCUUUCAAACAGUCCUAUAUUGUUGUCCUGUGACUUCAUUGUGUAGCAUAGUUUAAUUAUGCAAGUAGCAUUGAGUUGAGUUGUCAUCUCUGAAAAGUGUUUAACAAAAAACAGUCCAAGAGCACACAUCCAAUAGGCAAAAAGCUCAAUGUGCCUCCACCACACAAGAAUA